AUGGUUUGUUGUAAGAAAAAUAUGUCUAGCGACAUACGUCGUGUCUUUUAUGACCUUUCUUUGGUCGACAAGUUAUUACCACUCUGGAUUAUUUUAGCAAUGAUCUUAGGAAUAUUGUUAUCUGUUUACGUACCUUCCAGUCGAAAAGCAUUUGAUGGAGCUGAAAUUAUUGGAGUUUCUGUUCCAUUAGCGGUUGGACUUAUAGUAAUGAUGAUACCUCCGUUGUGUAAAGUUGAAUGGGAACAUUUUUUCAGUUUUUUCAAUCUGAAGAAAUAUUUAAGACCAAUAUUAACGUCGUUGAUCAUAAACUGGAUCAUUUGUCCCUUUUUGAUGUUUGGCCUUGCCUGGCUUACCCUUUUCGACAAACCUGAAUACAGAACAGGGAUCAUUAUGAUUGGUUUGGCAAGAUGUAUUGCUAUGGUCUUGAUUUGGAAUGAAAUAUCCGAUGGAGACAACUCGUUAUGCGCAGUAAUUGUACUUGUGAACAGUCUACUUCAAAUUGUUCUUUAUGCUCCAUAUCAAAUCUUUUUUUGCUAUGUAAUAACUGGUGACUAUCAUUCUCAAAAUUUUGGAGCAAAUGUAACGUAUUCCUUGGUUGCAAGGAGUGUUGCGUUUUUUUUGGGGGUCCCAUUAGUUUUAGGUUUCUUGAUCAGAAUCAUCGCUAGAUCUACCAUAGGAAUAAAGGUUUACGAGGCAAAGAUUCUUCCUUUCGUGAGUCCGUGGGCAUUGAUAGGUUUAUUGUAUACCAUUAUCGUCAUUUUUAUAGAAAAGGGGAAUGAUUUCAUUCGAGAUAUUGGUUCGGGGUUACGUUGCUUUGUACCAUUGGUUCUCUACUUUAUGAUUACAUGGUUUGGUACUUUUUUCUUCUUGAGAUGGUUCUUAGGACGCGCUCCUCCAAAGAAAGAAAGAGGUGACAUUGCUGAUGAGGACACUGAAUUAUUAUGUGGCUGCGAAAAGCAACUUCCAAAUGUUUCAGGUAAAUGGAUAACAAAUUGUUCCGCUAGUUACACUGAGACAAUCACUCAAACAUUCACUGCUUCUUCAAACAACUUUGAAUUAAGUCUUGCCAUAGCCAUCUCCAUAUAUGGCUCCGGCAGUAAAGAAGCCAUUGCAGCUACAUUUGGUCCUUUACUAGAGGUUCCAAUUUUAUUAAUUUUAUGCUUUGUUGCUAAAUAUUUCAAGAUCAAGUUUUUAUGGUCUGAUGUUGAUGAUGAGACUAGUAGUUAG